AUGUUUAAACAAAUAAUACCUGUAUUCUUACUUGUAAAUAUUGGUCUUUUUCAACUUUUGGUUGGACCAAUAUCAAUGGAUUUUAAAUUAUGGUUAAAUAAAAAUGGAUAUAGUGAUGAUGAUUUUGAAUCUAAAGAUUUUGAAAAUAUUGGAAGUUUUGGCGGAAAAGAAUAUUUUAGUUAUACUGUAAAAAAAAUACCUGUUAUUUUUAUUCAUGGAAAUAGUGAUGGUGCUUUAAAUAAUGGAACACCCUACGGAUCAGGAUGGAAUUCACAUUUAAAAAUAUUUUUAGAUAAUGGUUAUACUAAAGCUGAAUUAUAUGGAAUAACUUGGGGUGAUAGAAAUGUUAAUAAUGCUUUGAAAAAAACUUUUAGUUGUAAUUUUGUAAAAAAAAUAAGAAGAUUUAUUUUAGCAGUUCUUGAAUAUACCAAAUGUAAAUAUGUUAAUAUUGUAUCUCAUUCUAUAGGAGUAACUUUAACUAGAAAAGCUAUUAAAGGUGGAAUAAUUAAUGAAAAUAAUGAUGUAUGCGAUAUUGGAGAAUAUUUAGGUAACAAAGUUAAUACAUUUAUAGCUAUAUCAGGUGCUAACUAUGGACUUUGUUUUUGUAUAAAUCCAUUUUUUUACGAAACACCAAGUUGUAAUAAAAAGAAUGGAUUUUGGCCAGGAGAUGGUCAGUAUUCAAAUGAAUGUAUUAAUGCAAAUAAUUAUACAUAUCAAUCUAUUGAAUAUUCCAAAUUACUUCAAGAGUUGAACGAUGAUAAAAAACCAGAAGGAAAAUUCGUUGUAACUAUUUUUAGUACGGGAGAUGAGUUAAUUGGAAAUAGAAAUAAAGUAUUUGGUAGAUAUACUUCAAGUUUACCAUCAGCCUCUACUCAAUAUAUUUCUCAUCUUUGGAAUCAUACUGAAACUAAAGAUAAAUCACAAUUUUAUGUGUUUAGAGAAAUAAUGAAAAAUGAUUUUAAAAUUAAUUUGAUAAAUGGAAGAUUUUAA